AGGGAACUCUCAUUUUUAGCCACCACAGAUUUACAUUCCUAUUUUUUCUCAAUUCUUGACUGCCAAAAACAGCGGCAAAAGGACAGGAUAUUGGGGACAACACUAUAUUAUCCACUUUACUUUUGAAGCUGAAAACAACAAUCAUUAUUCACUUUCUCACUUUCCAUAAAGUUUUUGCUUUCCCUACAAUUUCAUCUACUUAAAUCUUCAGCUGCAUAAAAACUACAGCAGGCAGCUUCUCCAUCAAAUCGUUCCUUUCUUCAACUAGACAAGGAUUGAGAGAGUAUUCUUUAAAGUUGUUUUGAUUCUCUGCCUUCAUUAGCAAAACUUCCUUGCUUCUGAAUAGAGUUUCAGAUUUCUUGUGGGAGGCUACUUUCUCUCAUUCCUUCACACAACCAACAAGCAACAAUGAAAAGGAGCAUGAACCUGGUAGUAGAAGUGGUGGAUGCUCAUGAUCUUAUGCCAAAAGAUGGUGAAGGUUCAGCCAAUCCAUUUGAAGAAGUAGAUUUUCAAAACCAGCUAAGCAAAACCAUAACAAUCUCAAAGAAUCUCAACCCUGUAUGGAACCAGAAACUUCUCUUUGACAUUGAAGAAACCAAAUUCCACAAUCACCUCUUCAUUCAAGUCUCUGUUUACCACGAAAGGAGGCCUGUUCCCGGCAGGAAUUUCCUUGGUGAAGUAAGAAUUCCUUUCUCAAAUCUUGUCAAGAAAGGUGAGGAAGUUUAUCAGCAAUUCCAGUUGGAAAAGAACUGGUUCUUCUCAUCUGUCAAAGGUGAGAUUGGCCUUAAAUAUAUAUCUCCCAAGAAUCAGAAACAAGUCUCUUUCUCCUCCCUUCCAUCGCAACCAACUUCUCUUCUUUCUCUUGAUCCUCCUCUUAUCUUGAUUACGAAGUCCCCAGAUUCACCUAACACUAAUCCUAUCUGUACAAAAUUAUCUUCUCUCUCCCAAGCAGAUGAUUGUGUCGAAACUGCCAAAGCUAUCACUUCAGCACCAGAAAAGAAAAUUUCUUCUGCAGCUGUGAACAAAAGAUAUACAUCUCCUGUUACAGCAGUUGAAUCCGGGAGUGGCAUUCCAGAAAAAAAGUUGAAGGAGGACAUCAAGGAACUUGUUGAAGGAAGUAAAGAGACUACUCAACACAUACACAAACACAAAGUUGUUGUGCAGCCUGGAAUUAUAUUUGAGAAACGAGCAGAAAGUCCCGCUAACAUGCACUCUGUUGGUCCACAAGUUCAUCCACAUGAUCGGGAGGACUACAACCUGAAGGACACAAGUCCUGAGCUUGGGGAGAGGUGGCCAAAUGGGGGAACAUAUGGUGGGAGAGGAUGGAUAAGUGGUGGGGACAGAUUCACAACCACUUAUGACCUAGUACAGCAGAUGUUCUACUUGUACGUUCGUGUUGUGAAAGCUAAGGAUCUUCCUCCCAGUACCAUUACUGGAAGUUGUGAUCCUUAUGUGGAAGUGAAGAUGGGGAACUAUAAGGGAAGAACCAGGCAUUUUGAGAAGAAGUUGAAUCCUGAAUGGAACCAGGUCUUUGCUUUCUCUAAAGAUCGGAUCCAAUCUUCAAUUCUGGAGGUUUUUGUGAAGGACAAAGACAUGUUGGGCAGAGAUGAUUAUCUUGGUAGGGUGGGUUUUGAUUUGAAUGAGAUUCCAACCAGAGUUCCUCCAGACAGUCCACUUGCUCCUCAAUGGUAUAGACUUGAAGACCGCCGUGGACAAGGGAAGGUGAGAGGAGACAUUAUGCUUGCAGUCUGGAUGGGAACACAGGCUGAUGAAUCAUUUCCAGAGGCAUGGCAUUCUGAUUCUGCCUCAGUAUUGUCUGAAGAAGGAGUCCUCAGCAUCAGAUCAAAGGUCUAUGUAUCUCCAAAAUUGUGGUACUUAAGGGUGAACGUAAUUGAAGCUCAAGAUGUUCUGCCUAACGACAGAAACCGCCUUCCCGAACUGUUUGUGAAAGCUCAGGUGGGGAAUCAAGUGCUCAAGACCAGAAUUUGCACAACUCGCACUACUAAUCCACUAUGGAACGAAGAUCUAGUUUUUGUAGCAGCCGAGCCUUUUGAGGACCACCUAUUUAUAACUGUUGAGGACAAGGUUCACACUUCCAAAGACGAAGUUUUGGGGAAGAUCAACCUCCCACUUGAUGUAUUUGAGAAGCGGCUAGAUCACCGACCAGUUCAUUCCCGCUGGUUCAAUCUGGAGAAAUUUGGUUUUGGCAUCCUGGAGGCUGACAGAAGGAGUGAGCUCAAGUUCUCAAGCAGAAUCCACCUAAGAGUCUGUCUUGAGGGUGGUUAUCAUGUUCUUGAUGAAUCCACAAUGUAUAUCAGUGAUCAAAAGCCUACAGCCAGGCAGCUCUGGAAGCAACCUGUUGGAAUCCUAGAAGUGGGCAUUCUGGGUGCACAAGGACUUCUUCCAAUGAAAAUGAAAGACAGACGAGGAAGCACAGACGCUUACUGUGUCGCAAAAUAUGGCCAGAAAUGGGUUCGAACCAGGACUAUCAUUGACACUUACAAUCCCAAAUGGAACGAGCAGUAUACAUGGGAAGUUUAUGAUCCUUGCACAGUGAUCACGCUUGGAGUUUUUGACAACUGCCAUCUGGGCGUCGAAGAGAAACAGAAUGGCAGUAGCAGCAGCAGAGCAGCAAGAGAUUCACGAAUCGGGAAGGUAAGAAUCAGGCUGUCAACGCUGGAAGCUCAUCGAAUUUACACACAUUCAUAUCCACUUCUUGUUCUGCAACCACAUGGAGUGAAGAAAAUGGGGGAACUUCAGUUAGCAGUUAGAUUCACUACCCUUUCUUUAGCCAACAUGAUCUAUGUUUAUGGUCGCCCUAUUCUACCAAAAAUGCAUUACAUACAUCCCUUCACAGUCAACCAGGUAGAUACUCUGAGGUACCAGGCUAUGAACAUUGUAGCUGUGAGGCUUGGCAGAGCCGAACCUCCUCUCAGAAAAGAGGUAGUGGAAUACAUGUUAGAUGUGGAUUCCCAUAUGUGGAGCAUGAGAAGAAGCAAAGCAAAUUUCUUCCGUAUCAUGUCGCUUUUCUCUGGAAUGAUCUCCAUGGGACGUUGGUUAGGUGAUGUCUGCAACUGGAGGAACCCUAUCACGUCUGUUCUGGUUCACAUUCUGUUUCUGAUAUUGAUUUGGUACCCAGAACUGAUCCUCCCAACUCUGUUUCUCUACAUGUUCUUAAUUGGCUUAUGGAACUACAGGCUUAGGCCAAGGCACCCUCCCCAUAUGGAUACCAAACUUUCCUGGGCAGAAGCAGUGAACCCCGAUGAGCUUGACGAAGAAUUUGACACAUUCCCAACAUCUAGACCAAAUGACAUAGUUCGAAUGCGGUACGACAGACUAAGAGGUAUUGCUGGACGGAUACAGACAGUGGUCGGUGAUAUAGCCACUCAAGGUGAGAGGAUCCAGUCUCUACUCGGCUGGAGAGAUCCUAGAGCAACCAGUCUGUUCGUAGUGUUUUGUCUUUGUGCAGCUGUUGUGCUAUAUGCUACACCAUUCAGGGCAGUAGCUCUCGUAGCUGGUCUGUAUUAUCUGAGACAUCCUCGGUUCAGAAGCAAACUACCAUCUGUGCCCAGCAAUUUCUUCAAGAGAUUGUCAGCAAGAACCGACAGCUUAUUGUGAUUAUAGACUUCAGAAUUUGCAACGCAAUCUAGUUUCAACUGACUUAUUGUCUAAGAAUCUAAUUUCCCUUUAUAAGAUGUUUUCUAUUUCUUCCAUGUUCCAGUAAUUUUACCAUAUGAAUAACUGUAGCAUGUAACCACCAUAGACCUUCCAAACCUU